UCCGGCUCGUGUUGAUAGCUAGUGAAAUAUAUGCCACAGAAGUCUUCACUGUUUAAAUUGAUUUAUACGCUGAUGAUUUUUACUGCUACAUUUACUUUAAUUCACCAUACUGACAAUCAGAUGUACGAAGCCAUUUCGCGUUGAACUCAGUUAUCGCUGUUAGAGCAAAAAGUAAACUGCACGUGUCUUUGUUGUUAAAUAAGGUUAGCCAGCUAGCCAUUGCUAGCACCAGAAGUAAAUAGAAGAAAAAUACAGACACCAUGGGAGAGAAUGCCAAAGGAGCGGAGGUGUUUCUCGAACUAAGGAAGCGGUUGCAAAGUGGUCUUCUUGUUCUCAGGAGAGAUGUGGCUAAGAGCUAUGCAGAGGUGAGUGUUACAGGAGGAGAUUCAUCCCUCCACAUCCGCACUCCUCGGGGCCUGCUAAUCGUGGAGUUGCCAGCAGGGGUCAGCCUCGUGGAGGGCUCCUGCAGGGACGCACCUGGAGCAGGAGACGAGAUGCACUUCAGAAUGCGCCUCAAAGUGGACCAGCACACAGACGACACAGGAGCCCUGGGGAGUGUGAUGGAGAGGCUGCAGGUCCACGAGAGUUAUUGCUUCCACUGCCAGUCCUGUGGGACCAGGGUGUUAGAGGAGAGGGUGUUCAAGCGAGUGCUCCCUCUCCCCAACGGCAACUGGAGCUCCCUGGUGGAUGACUGGUGCUGCCAUCCGGACCCCUUUGCCAACCUGAAGCUGCUGCCCAGAGCGGAGGACUGUUUACUGGGCGACACUCACCUCCUUGUGCCCCGGGACAGAGGCUGUGAGGAGACUCUCACCCAGGAGCUCAGCCCCAGCCCCAUCACCAACAAAAUGGCUGACGGUCAAAAUCAGGACACAGGGAAACCCAACCGCAGGCGUACACUUGUCUCCUGUAAGAGCUGUACAGCCGGCCUGGGAGAGGCUCUGGCACCAGGGACCCUGAAACUCUACAUCACAGAGGUAACAGUGAGACCCAGUGUGGGAGACAGCCAGUUUGAUACCUCUCUAGACAGGUCACUGUUCCUGGAACAGACCAUAGCUGCCAGACUGGUGGAGCUGUCCUCGUCGCAGAGCAUGUUUCGUUUCUCUAUCCAGACCCCAGAUGGAAAAGCCUUCAUAUUGCUCUGGCUCCUGAACAGCGACUCCCUCAUCGCCUCUCUCUCUGCCACACCGUCAUCGACUGUCAGCGGUGAUGCUGUCACCUCUCCCAGCCACCGCCAGUGUUCUGAGCGUCAAUCACCAACUAAGGCUGGCAGCGCCGUCAAAGUCCUCUAUCUCUCCUGUUCUCCCUCUGCCAGCACUAGCAGCACACACCAGGAUGUUGUGAACACCUGGGAGAAGGACAUCGGUGUCCACACCCUAGACCUGCCCCUGACCACAUGCCAGGAGCUGUUGUCAGUGCUGACAGCUAGUACUUCCUGUCUCCCUCCGUCACUGCAUUCCAUGAACUCCUACCAGGUGGCGUACAUGAGACUGUAAUGUCAGAGGUCAAGAGCCAUGGAUCCACCCAUCUUUCCUAGAGGGAGGACCGGAACAGUAGAGUACAGUGACUUAUCUGUCUUAGGCUGUAUUCAAGAGGCAUGUAAGGGAAAACCAAGUUCCUUUGACGAAGUUCAGGUAGUACGUACCUCCGUGUCGAGCAUUUCCAAAAAGAAUACUCAUUUCGUUAUACGUUUAAAGUUUUUUUUUUUUGGGACCUACUGAACAUGACACUGAUAGCUGCUAUUAAAAGAAUUAUAACUAAUCAUUCCAAUGGAAUGUCUUGAGUUAUUGACCUGCCCAGAUUAAAUAGUGAAUCUGACUAACAUGCCUGUUGAAGUGCAUGUUUUUUAAACGGGGUGGGGGGGUAAAUAAUGUAUUGUGUCAUUUUGGAGUCACUUUUAUUGUAAAUAAGAAUAGAAUAUGUUUCUAAAC